CGCGCGAGGUACAUAAAAGAAUAUAAACAUCAAGUGAUUCAUCGUUUAGUUAAGCAACAAUUAAAGUAAACUAAUAAACACAUGAUUGGCAUUCAGCAAUAACAGUAGCUGGGCCCACGCGUUGCACCUAAUUAUGUCGGCCGAUUCGAUUAAGGAGCCACCACCAGCAUCUACACCAGAACCUUCAGCGGAAUGUGCACAUUUGUUGGAAUUCAAGCAGUUUUUGGCCUCGACAGCCGCCAAAGCGAAUGCCGUCAGUGAGGAUCUGACGCGAUCUUGUGUAACGCGCACCAGCAAUGACACUUACAAGGUGUCGGUGGAGGAGCGACACGCUGAGCUGGUGGCCGCCAUUUGGCAGCAGCUGAAUAACAGAGGCUGUCCGGCGGGCUUCCGCCUGAAGCUGCUUCACCAGGCCACACAACUGUUGGAGCAGGAGAUAUGCUACGCCAAGGAGUGCGAGGUCUCUGGCGAGGGUCCCCCGCAAUAUGAUCUGCUGAAGCUCCAAAAGUUUGUUGGCAAUCAAAUGGACAAGCUGCUCAUAAAGUUAACAGACAAUUCGGAGAUGGAGCAUCUGAAAGACUACGCCGAAGAAGGUGUCAUCUGCCAGAAUCCCGAGCACUGCGUAUGUGGAGUGGCCCAAGCGGCGCUGCACACAUCCGCUGCAGUCAAGAACAAGCCACGCAAAAUGGAGGAUCGUCACGUGUGUUUGGAUCGUUUUGGUGCCAUCUUUGAGCUGCCCAACAGGGAUUGUCGGUUCUUUGGUGUUUUUGACGGACACUCUGGUUCCUUAUCCGCCAGUUAUGUCACAAGUCAGUUGCCCCAGCUCCUGGCCAAUCAGCUAAAGCGAACAGAGGACCUAGAAGCAGCGCACAGCAGCUCUGACUUCUAUCGCAAUGCCUUUGAGACGGCAUUCCUGCAGGCUGACGAACGCUUUAUCCAAAAACGCAUCACCAGCGGCACCACCAGCGUCUGUGCUCUGAUCAACCGAGAUCAACUGUACAUAGCCUGGGUGGGCGAUUCGAAGGCCCUGCUAGUGGGCAAACGCACACAGCUGCAACUGGUCAAACCGCACAAACCCGAGUCCCCCGAUGAGCGCAAACGCAUAGAGGCGGCCGGCGGUACUGUACUACAUGCCCAGGGUCAGUGGCGUGUGAACGGCAUUCUUAAUGUGGCUCGUUCCAUUGGUGACUACUGCCUGGAGGCGGUCAUAGCCGAGCCAGAUUUCGUUGAUGUCGAUCUAAAUGAAGCGCAUGACUUUCUCGUGCUGGGCACCGAUGGCCUGUGGGAUCAUGUGCCAGAGUCUUUCGUCAUUGACACUGUUUAUGAGCGUCUGGCGGAUACGACAACGAAACUCGAUGACAUUCCGAAGCUACUGAUUGAGGCGGCCAAGGAGGGAGACUCGCAGGAUAACAUAACCGCGGUGAUAGUUUUGCUCAAGCCGCGUCAUCAGAUUGAAAGGUAGAGAAUUGAAGAAUCGUCAGCGGGG